AUGGCGAGCAUUCAGGCGCGUGUCCUGUAUGACUUUGUUGGUGACACAGCAAAUGGAGAGCUGUCAAUCAUAGCAGACGACUAUCUGACAGUUCUAAGACAGGAUAUUGGGGAUGGAUGGUGGGAUGCUGAGGAUGCCUCUGGAAACCAUGGACUCAUCCCUAUGGCCUAUGUGGAGAUGCCCCCCUCGGUUGAUGACACUGAUCAUGUUUACAACACCCCAGAUGCUGAGACACGGAUUGUCACCAGUCUACCAGAGCCAACGAUGCCGCCCCCUCCAGCACCAAUGGUGACAAGUUGGGACGCUCCUGAGUACAACUCGCAACCAAUAGCCCCGGCAUAUGUGCCCCCUAGCCAGCAGCCGCAACUGCAGUCUCAGCCCUCGGAUGAUUGGGAUGAUGACUGGGAUGAUGAUGAUGAUGACAGCACAAUACCUGACCAAGAGAGUGGUGGUUCAAGCUAUUCGGCUGGGAAUAAAGGUGUCCAAAUUAGAGAUACAGGCUCCAAGGCAGAUGGCAAUAGGUUUGGCACUGCGAGGGGAAAAGGUUUCAGCCGAUUCUCUACAUUUGCCAAAAGUGGUGGGGAGGCAUACCUUCUUGGUACAAGUACUGGGGCACCUUCUGAUGCAGAAAAAGUCAGAGUGGUUGAUGGUUCCCAUGGCCCUUGUUGGGAGAGCGGACAGAACCCAUUCACCUGCGUAGUCGCAUCGCCAAAGAAAGAAAAUAAAUACAAGGGCCUGAAAAGCUUCAUUUGCUACCAGUUAACUCCGUCAUUUAGUAACAUCCAAGUUAGUCGACGCUACAAACAUUUUGACUGGCUGCACAAAAUUCUCUGUGAGAAGUUUCCCUGUGUAGCAACGCCCCCUAUACCUGAUAAACAAGUUACCGGUCGCUACGAGGAUGAGUUCAUCUCAGAACGGAUGCGGUUGCUGCAGUUGUGGUUGAAUCGAAUGGUGCGACAUCCUGUGAUUGCUAAUAGUGCGGUGCUCUUGCACUUCCUGACUUGUACUGAUGAAAAGCGCUGGAAAGUUGGCAAACGAGCGGCAGAGAAGGAUGAGUUUCAGGGGGCCAAAUUUUUUCUUGCAGUGCAUACGCCUGCUACUCCAUUGGAUUUGAACAUGGUGGAAAACAACAUAGAAACAUUCACCCGGUUUACCAAGUCCAUGGAUGAUGGUGUGAGACAUCUUUUGGGAGUUACAGAAAACAACAUGAAAAAACACCAAGGACCAUUUAAGAGAGAGUUUCAGAAGAUUGGUCAUUCCAUUGAGUCUCUUGCUGCUACGUUCGACAUCGAUACUGGUGUCUACUCACAAAAGUUAACUACGGCAAUGAAACACACUGGGAAGACAUAUGAUGAGAUUGGUCAACUAUUUGCUGCCCAGCCUGUCCACGAUCUUUAUCCAACAAUGGAAACACUAAGCGAAUACAAGGGCAUUCUCUCCUGUUGGCCAGAAAUGAUACAGAUUCACAAGGGUUCCUUGGCGAAAGUGAAAGAGUGCCAAAAGUCACAAGAUGAGGGGAAGAUGAGUGAAUCCGAGGUGCAAUCAGUCAUCAAUCGCUCCGAUACCGUCUCCUAUGCAAUAAUGAGCGAGCAGAAUUACUUCCAGGAAGAAAGAGUCCGAGAUUUCAAACUCAUGAUGCAGAUUUAUCUAAGGCAACAGAUAGAAUUUUAUAAAAAGAUUACUAGCAAGUUAGAAGACAGUCUACAUUUGUAUGAGAGUGCAUAGCACUAGCAGACGGUGCCAAUGUUGAUAUUAUUUCAAUCCACUUUACCACGUUUGUGUGGUGUAGCAUGCUUUGUAUUGAAAAACCCUCGCAGACAAGUAUCAUAUACGGGGUGAUCAAAAUAAAUCCGCCAUCAUAGAUAGAAGGUUAAUAUUUACUGGUAUUAUCGUGUUCAGUCUGAUAACUGAGGCAAACUUGGCAAUACACCUCAGGUCGCUGGCUGACCUCUGUAGUUUGCAUCAGAAGCCACACGUGUCAUCUGUAUCAACAGGAAACGGACAACCUCUCGUCUUCGAGGGAGUUUUCUUUGUGCUUUCAUUCUGACUUGUGCUGUGGUUUCUGAGACUGGGGUGUUUCUGUGCUUGGGAAGUUUAGGCACACUUUGUAUCAAUGGGAAAGUCAGGUCUGUCAUCAAAUUAUACUCACGUCUUUCUAUACAAAAUAUCUAUACUUUCAAUUUUAGUUCGUUAAUGGCAAAAUGUAUGAGAAUGCUCCACGUAUUAUCUGAUUUGAAAUAAGUAUCUGCUUCUGUCCUAGAUCCUGCACAUUGACGAUAUAUCAAAAGGGGAUUCUUUUCCUUGGACAAAUCAUUGUAAUUGAUAGUCAGUUCACUCUCACAUUAGUGCAGAGGUUUUUUAAUCAACCUGCUCUGCAAGUGUUUAUGCUAUUCCCUCCCAUUACUAUCUUGGGGGCCAUACCUUUUAUAUACGCUCAGUUCCCCCUCCAUCAUACCCACUCCUGCACUUAAUUGGCCUAAAUUUGGAUCCCCCUCUAAAGCAUACAUACUAAAAGUAUGGCCCCCUAUAUAGGUUAGCUUGUUGUCUGUGAUAAUUUUGUGAUUUUGAUGAGAUUUGAUGAAAAGUCCAAGUGAUUAUGACUUUUCGUUUCAAAAUACCAAGUCAGUCUGUGCUGUUAAUAAGUGUUAUCAACCCUGUUUUCUCACCUUUAGGCAGCCUUAUCAGAAAGAUCAUGACAUCAGAUUUUGUGCUAAUAUCUAGUUCUAAGAAAGUCUGCAUGACGUACAUUGUAUUUUGAAAUUGGUGUUAACAGUGGUGUUCAGUGUCCUAAAAGAUCAGCAGGGUUGGCGCGCCCCUUCGCAUUUUCGCCACUUCCGAAUGCUGCACAUGCGUGUCGACUGGCGAAUGUAAAACAAUGUCUGGCUAAAAAAUUUGCGAAUUCUAUUUGAAUUGCCAUGAUUUGGCGAGAGAGUAAUAGUGUUGUGCGAAAAUUGAUCAAAGUCUAUCAUAAAGAUCCACUUCCACACCAAAUGCACCAAGGAACGAUCGUUAGUCCGUCAAGCUUUAUCAUAUAUCAAAUAUUAUUUGCGGGCGGCCGCGCUAUCACACGUGGUUGCUAUCGUCUGCAUUGUAGUUCUACCCAUUGCCGCUACCGUGAUUUUGGUGGCGCUGCUGGUCGCCUUACGCAUACAUUAUCGGCUAGUUGCCUGCUCGCUUCGUUGCCAUGGAGUCUCCGGUCACGUGUUCCUCGAAUCGUUCGUUGAUUUGCUAGUCUCAGUACUGGCGGGCUGCCAUUCUCGCACAUGUUACUGCGGGCUGGGUCGGCCCCAAAAUGGACAAACGAUCGGCAAUGGCUGGAGCUGACUCAAUAUGGCUAAACGUGACAGCCACUUGGCUAAAAAGUGUCAAGGAGGAAAAAAUUCACAGAGCCAACCCUGAUCAGUGUUGACACCCAAAGGUAUAAUGGCCCAAUGUUGAGUUGGUGAACAUGAUGAAGUGUUGUAGCAUUAUGGCAGAAAAUCGAUCAAUUCAUACAUCAUGCUAGAAUUUGUCGCUUCUGGAUUGGUCUAUUAAACUUGGAAAACUAUGCAUGAUCCCAUCAUAUGGUAUCAAGAAUUGAUAAAGAUUGGCUUUUUUUAAUUCUUGGUAGUAUUGAUAAUUGCAGCUGUCAUUAUUUCAUUAACUGCUGGUGUAUUUAUGGGACAUAGGCCUACAUGUACACAUAAAAACUUAGGGAUAUUUUGAACUAUGAAUUAUCAAAAUGUAAUAUGCUUCUUGUGCCACUGUAAAUACUACCAAACACACCCGAAGUGCUUGACUGUGGCUGUGUAUGCGCAUAUAUACAUGUACAAGUAUAAACAUUAUGAUAUGGUCUUCAAGCUGGUUUGCAGUGUUUUUUGCUAUUAGUAGAAUUUAUGUGCUUUAAUGAGGUUUUUUUUAUAGAUUGUCCAAAGAAAUUUGGUUAAGAUUUUAAAAUCUAGCCUCUGGUAAGUGGUAAAUGCUUUAAGAGAGUGCAAAAGCUGUUGUUUUUGGGCUUGAAAGAUCCAGUUGAUAUUCCUUUGCUGACUUUGUAUCUGCACCACGAUCAUCCGAAGUUGGAACCGAAUUUCAAGAUUUCAAGAUAUCUGGUUAUGCCUAUGCAUGAAUGUGAAUUCCUAUAAACUUAUGCAUGUGCCAGCGUCACUGGAUAUCAAAUCUGAAACGGCUUCUGUUAAUCGUGUUGCUGAUUCAAAGUUGAAGGUAAUUACUUGUUCUGUUGAAGUUUUCAUAAAAGCAUCACGUUAUAGUGAUGCUUGAAUUGUUUUUUGUAGGAUACAUGUAGGUCAUGUUGCCACGCAUGGAAACAUUGGACUUUCGAGCAGUGCACAUAAUAGAAUUGAAUAGUUUUCCAUAGAUUAUAAUUUUAUCUUUCAUUGUAUUCUCUUGUAUAUUCUAUAAACAAUUCAUUAUUGCAUGCUCAUGUAUGAUAGACAGGAAUAGGAGGUUGAACACAAAUGUAAUGAAUAAUACAUUUUUUCACCUUGGUGUUGAUAGGAACCCUAGAGGUACAGGCCUAUUUGUGUGUGGAAUCUCCUUGACUCUUACCAUUCCAAUCCUCAGCUAUGGGCAUUAGGUGGAAGCAUUAGGUGGAAGCAUCUGGAUAAUUCGAUGACUAAUCUUGCGUGAACCGCAAAAUGUGCAUCUGGAUUGAAUUGACCUUACCUGUUUCAUUUCCAAUUAUUUCACACACGAAAAGAAGUAAACAUUUCUGGCCUCAAGGUUUCUAAAUAGAGUUUUAGACAAGUCUAGAUCUGCUCCUGCCACCUAUUAUACACAACAGGAUCUCAUUUGUAAGGUAGUGUCAUCAUUCAACAUGCACAUAAGUUAUAAUCGUUUAAAAACGAUAUUGCCUCCUCUCAUUGAUUUGAUGAGCAAUGUUUGACAUUGUGAUCUGCGACCUAAGCCAUGAUAAAUGGCCACUGGUUGGUUGAAUUUCAAUUGAUUGUCAUGUUGUCAUGGCUACCUUGUAGGCUGCCAUGACCAAAGUCACUCUGACCCGAAUCAAAUGUGUAAAUCAGGGUCCUUUGAUAAAUCCUUUUGAGAUUUUGAUAUAGAAUAUCUUUUGGUAUUUUGUAUGUUUGCUGCUUCUUGCUCUGGUUUGUAAUGGCUUAAACUCUUUGAAUCAAAAGUUGUUUAAAGGAACUCUUAUCUCUCCACAAACAGUGGCAACAAGUGGUUUGCCUUGCCGCCACUAGGUGUGCCAGUGGUAACCAGUGUACAAAAGAGUGCAGACUUUAAAUAUAUUGCAUUACACCUAUUGGUGGCGCCACAACCAUUAAAACCACCCAUACAUAAUUUCUUUAAAUGCCAAGCAUCUCUGUAUUUGCUCAAACUAUUUCUGCUAAUUGAUGGGCUUGAUAUUUGCAUUGAUUGGAGGGAGGGGAGUUUCUUAAAGCUGAUUCAGGGACAUUUGACUUUGCUUUCUAUCAUGUUACUUGAAGGGCAACUCUUCUUUGUUGAUGGAAAUAUAUGUCUGAGGUGAUUGUGACUUGCUAUUGUCAUUUGGAAAGAAAAGAUGUCUCUUAGAAAUAUUUCUGAAAUAUAAUUCCAUUACCACGAAUUGGCCCAAUGAAAUCCUUUCUCCACUGUGCUCAAAGUAUUAAAGCAAUGUCUAUGAUAUCAUUCUCCAAAUUAUUUUCUGCAUGUAAACUUGUAUAAAGCAUAUGACAAAUGAAUAAAUGUCCCUAUUCUGUGAAAAAA